AUGUCCUGGAAUUUACCACCAGCCUUAUCCAAUUCAGCCUCGCAACUGAUUAACGUGUUUGCAAACGGUCCCGGUCCCGGUCCUACGAGUUUAGUUUCGACGCUAACAAGUAAUUGGGACUUACUCUUUACGCCACCUAUUUCCCACGUCGACAUGGCCGUCGAUCCAAGAGUAACGGAUAUCAUCCGUGGCAAGAAACUGCGCUAUUGCUUAUGCAUCGAUACCAAACAAUGGCAUCUCUUCGAACAGGUGGCCCUGCCUGAUGCUACCCUUUGCAUCGUCAACCCGGACGGCUCCUUCGUGGAGCAGGACGGCGUCGACUGGAACUGGCCCACGAGGGCCGAUUUUAUCAACUACCUCCAGAAGACUUUCGGCCAGCACCAGACCAUGCACAAUGCGGGCGCUGCGGCUUUCGAGCAGGUUAGCCCAGACGAGGUGAAGGUUACCUCUAGUGGCAUCUGGCACCUCGCGGCGGGCGAAACGCAAGGGACGGGCGGUGGGUACUACUAUGAGACGUGGGUUCGGAAAGAUGAUGACUGGUUCAUGAAGUCUAUGAGGCUCGAAAGAACUAAUUGGUAUAUGUCGUAG